AUGGAUCCAGAAAUCAAAACAACCAGUCGUAGGUUAACUAAAUUGAUGAAAAGGCCACCACCAUCCAAAGCUAUAACUUCAUUUGGAGCGAGACAAAACGAAAACUCAUCAUUCCCCUUUCCUACAUCUUUACGAACUCAGCGAAGCUCUGGGAGCUUACAACGUGCACCAUCGGCACCUUCUUACCCCAGAUCUUAUUUCACUCCAAGUCAAACCAGAAAACUCACCUCACCAAAGCCCGCCUCUAGCAAUUCGUCUCUCGAGAAUCAAUACUCGAACCCCUCUCCAGUACUGGCCGGCUCAGAAUUCGUGCUUCAGCCCAUAGGAAUGGGAGGAGCGAAUGAUCGCCAUUCCAUUCCAUCGCGACCAAUAAGUGAAAAGAGCUCUGAAGAGUUUAUCGGCGCUCCUUUUGACGGUUCUGGUAUAUUUAAUCACAUCGAUUCAACAAAGUCUUCUGGUUCUCAAAAUACCUUGCGGCGACCGCCACCACCACCGUCAUCGCAUUCGAGUCCAGCGUAUAUGAUAAGCCCACAGUUACGGCAAUCCGCAAGUUUUACCGCAGACGAUAAGAUGAACGAAAAAGUCCCUCCACGCGUGGGUGAGAACCAGCUCAUCAGUCCAAAGAGAUAUUCAGAUGAGACCAAGGAACCGAAAUCUGGUAUGCUAAGAAAGAAAUCUGGGUUCUCUGGCUUUAUGAGCAGCAUUGGUGUUGGCUCACCAAGAGGGGUCAAAAUUUCAGCGCCUGAGAAUCCUGUACACGUUACUCAUGUUGGAUACGAUAAUACAACUGGACAGUUCACUGGGCUGCCGAAAGAAUGGCAGCGUAUGAUCAACGAGAGUGGAAUCACGAAAAAAGAACAAGAGCAACACCCGCAAACAAUUGUCGAUAUCGUCGGCUUUUACAAAGAGAAUACGGAUAAAGGUGGUGAAGAGAUAUUUGAUAAAUUCGAUCAUGCGAAAGUGCCAGAGAUGACGAUGGCGCGUCCCGCGCCCGCACCACUGCCAUUGUCGCCGGGCUUCAAUACCUCGAAUUAUGGAUCAAUGAGCCCAAUGAUGAGUCCUCCAGCGAGUCCUCGAUUCCCCGCGAACAACGAGUCGAAUUUCGAAAAUCCAAGAUCACCACCUCCAAUUCCACGCGGAUCGCAAGGUCUGAGUUUUCAGGUCAAGCCUGAGCUCAACGGACUUGUACCGAGCAGGCCAGCUCCUAGGCCACCUGUGUCGAUGCAAGGACCUACUCGAAUUGCACCACCACCACCUGCCGCCGGCAAAGAUUCUGGGAUUGGAAUGACUCGCCAAAGUGACGAUUUACCGGCAUUGGCGUAUGUCCCUCCAACGGUACAGGACAACGGACCUAUGCUCCCCGAGGAACACAGGUCAAGAUCAAGAUCAAAUUCGAAAGUAAAUGGCACAUCUCCAUAUGCGACUCCAGCGCCGGCAUCCCCACAAGUCUAUCAGCAACAUAUUUUCCAGCAUCAAGAGCAAGCAAUGCAACAGGCCCAACAGGCAAUGAGCCGAUCGGUCAGCGUGAAGAUACCCACUCAGCAAGCUACACCACCGACUCCUCAAGGCCAAUUUCCAUCGAAUGGUAUUCCACACCCAACCCAGCAAGCUAGACAAGUUCCAGGCCCACGUCCCAGACAACGAGCACGCCAAAGCACUGGUUUUGAUAUAGUUGCAAGGUUGAAGCAGAUAUGUACUGAGGGUGAUCCUCGAGACAUUUACAAGGAGCUGAAUAAGAUUGGACAAGGUGCUUCUGGUGGUGUCUACACUGGCUAUGAAAGGGGAACAAACCGAUUGGUGGCCAUCAAACAAAUGAACCUGGAACAACAGCCAAAGAAAGAUUUAAUCAUCAAUGAAAUCCUUGUUAUGAAAGAUAGCUCCCAUCCAAACAUUGUCAAUUUUAUUGAUAGUUUCUUGGUUACUGGGGAACUUUGGGUUAUCAUGGAAUAUAUGGAGGGUGGAAGUUUGACUGAUGUUGUUACUUUCAAUAUCAUGUCAGAAGGUCAAAUUGCAGCUGUUUGCCGGGAGACUCUGAAGGGUUUACAACAUUUACAUUCCAAGGGAGUCAUACAUCGUGAUAUCAAAUCGGAUAAUGUCCUGUUGUCAAUGGAUGGAAAUAUCAAACUAACUGAUUUCGGUUUCUGCGCCCAAAUUAACGAAGCUCAUAACAAACGUACUACCAUGGUUGGUACACCAUACUGGAUGGCACCCGAAGUUGUUACGCGUAAAGAAUAUGGCCGCAAGGUUGAUAUUUGGUCUCUGGGUAUCAUGGCCAUUGAAAUGAUUGAAGGAGAACCGCCUUACCUCACCGAAUCGCCUCUCAGAGCUUUAUACCUGAUCGCUACGAAUGGUACUCCUGCUAUCAAGAAUGAACAUGAGCUGAGUCUCGUCUUCCGGGAUUUCCUCUACUUUGCGCUCAAGGUCGACCCAGAGAAGCGAGCUAGUGCUCACGACUUAUUAAGGCACGAUUUCAUGAAACAAUGCACAGACCUCAUGCAAUUAGCACCCUUAGUUCGAUCUGCACGCAAUGCCCGAGCGCAGGAAAAGGCCCAGAAGGCACUAUCAUGA